AUGGCUAUAAGAAAAAUUGCCCUCGUCAGGGCGAAACACAACGUCUUCAGAUCCUCCAGUGGAAUGCUGGAGAAAUCCAAUGUCUUCAGAUCCUCCAGUGGAAUGCUGGAGGAAUGUAACGGACAAAAAGAUCCAAAUACAGAAAAUCCUACAAACCUUAUGGAUUUUGCCAUUUUCACAAUUAUGGAAGCUAACAUUUCGGAUGCCAAACUGAAGUACUACCAAUUCCCAGGUUACACCCUGUACAAAUCUACCUAA